CCCGCCAAAAGUUUUUGAUCUAACCUAUCUUACCGGUGUUUUAUUGAUUUGGUUGUGAAUGUUUGUGAGAUUAGUUUAGUCGUUGAGUGAAAAUAUUCAAUGGUUUAGUACAGUAAAACGAAGGAAUCAUCUCCAAAAAAUUGUGUAAUGGCACAAGCAAAUGAUCCCAGUAAACGAUUCCUCCAUUUACUUAAACAAACAGAAAUUUUAACACAACGUAUGGUUAUUAAGCCUAAUAAACCACCUGAUGUAAUAAAUACCAAAUCAGCAAAAGAUAAAGGCCAUGUGAAUACUAAGAUACAUUUUGAUUCUACUCCAUAUUAUAUACAAAAUGGGCAAAUGCGUGAUUAUCAAAUUCAUGGAUUGAAUUGGAUGAUUAGUUUGUAUGAAAAUGGCGUUAAUGGUAUUUUAGCGGACGAAAUGGGUUUAGGAAAAACUCUACAAACUAUUUCAAUGCUUGGUUUUAUGAAGCAUUAUAAAAAAAUUUCAGGACCAUUUCUAAUCAUUGUACCUAAAUCGACAUUAAUUAAUUGGACAAAUGAAAUUCAAAAAUGGUGCUCUUCCCUUAAAGCAGUCUGUUUAAUUGGACCUCGUGAAGUUAGGAAGGCAUUCAUAAAGGAAGUACUGAAACCGGCUGACUGGGAUGUUUGUGUAACCUCAUAUGAAAUGAUUACAUUAGAAACACAUCCACUUCGAAUGAUUCAUUGGCAAUACAUGGUUGUUGAUGAAGGACAGAAGAUUAAAAAUGAAAACACGAUACUCGCCAAAACUCUGCGAACAUUUAAAAGUAGCAACCGUUUAAUACUAAGUGGAACCCCAUUGCAAAACAAUCUACACGAACUUUGGUCACUCCUAAACUUUUUACUACCUGAUCUGUUUCAUUCCUCAGACGAUUUCGAUUCUUGGUUUACUACAAAACAGUGUCUUAGUGAUUAUUCCUUUGUGAAACGUCUGCACCAUAUCCUAAAGCCUUUUAUUUUAAGAAGAAUAAAAUCUGACGUAGAGAAGAGUCUCAAACCAAAGAAAGAAGUGAAGCUUUACAUAGGUCUUAGUAAAUUGCAAAGGGAGUGGUAUAUAAAAAUUCUUAUGAAAGAUAUCGACAUUAUUACUAGUUCGGGGAAUAUUGCAAAGAUGAGAUUGCAAAAUAUGCUUAUGCAUCUUCGCAAAUGUGCAAAUCAUCCCUAUUUGUUUGAUGGUGCAGAACCGGGCCCACCUUACACAACUGACGAACAUAUUAUUUAUAACUGUGGAAAAAUGGUUGUGCUUGAUAAACUAUUAGCAAAAUUGAAAGCGCAGGGUUCUAGGGUCCUUAUAUUUUCACAAUUUACAAGGAUGUUAGAUAUCUUGGAAGAUUACUGUUUCUUACGACAAUAUAAGUACUGUCGAUUUGAUGGCACCUCAGAUCUCGAAGAGAGACAAGAUCAAAUAGAUGCAUUUAACAAGAAGUAUAGCAAAAUGUUUAUUUUUCUGCUAUCAACAAGAUCAGGUGGCCUCGGCAUAAAUUUGGCAACUGCAGAUUCUGUAAUCAUUUUUGAUUCUGAUUGGAAUCCACAAAUGGACUUGCAGGCCAUCGAUCGUGUACAUAGAAUUGGUCAAACUAAACAAGUACGCGUAUUUAGAUUGGUAACUGAAAACACUGUCGAUGAAAAGAUAAUUGAACAUGCCGAAAUUAAGCUCAGGUUACACCAAUUAGUUAUACAGGAUGGACAAUUGCCAGACCACACGUCUACUACUUUAGAUAAAAAUAUUAUGUUGAAUAUGAUUAGGCAUGGUGCAGAUCACGUUUUGGCCUCUACAGAUUCCGAAAUUGUUGAUGAAGAUAUUGAGACAAUUCUACAAAAAGGAGAAGCAAAGAGUGAAAAACUACUAAAAAGAUCUGAAGCUUUAAAUGAAAGUUCUCUACAAAAUGUAAGAAUUAUGGAUACACCCAAUGGAUCAGUAUAUGAAUUUGAAGGAGAAGACUAUCGUCAAAAACAAAGGGCCAUAGCUAUUGAUCAUUUGACAGAACUCCCAAAACGUUCACGCAAAAUACAUUAUUAUGGUAACGGAACAUCAAAGGAACCUAAACUGCCAAAGAAGCGUCAGGUCAUUGCACCAAAUGCUUCUGACAGUCUUGGAUAUCAAGGAGAUCAGCAAAAAAUGGAUGAGGUCAAAUCUCUGUCACUUAUUGAACAGGCAGGUAAAGAAAAUCGAUCUACCCCAGCAUUUGCUCAUUGUGCAAAGCAGUCUAUUAGACCAAAUGUCACAUAUGGCCAUGACGAUAUUGAUUACAUCGGGAAAACCCCAGAGGAAGUGGUGGGUUGCUCUAAAGUGUUUCGCGAAAUUACCGAUGCUACUGGAAUAAAUGCACAAAUGAAACGUGAAGAGGUGAAAAUAAAGAAGAAUACACAUAUUGAAGAUGAUCUAGAUACAACAAUGGCUACUACGUGUAGCAGUCUGUUUGAUGCAGUAUAUAAAAAUAACAAUAAGAAGAUGAAGAAAAACUAAUACAGAAAUACAUAGAAUAGUACGAGACCAUGGAGCGGAUAUAUAGGAAAUAUUUUUAGAAUCUUAAGUUACAACUGAAUUUUGUCUUUAUGCUUUUGUGGAACAAGUACAGA